AUGGAGGGUCCAAAUGAGAGUGAAUGUUUAGUACCUAUAGGGGUUCCUAAUGGGAGUCAACUAUUUGUACCUAAAUAUUUUAGAUUCAAGCCGAAGGAUGAUGAACUAAUUUCAGACUUUCUCCUUCGCAAAUCUAAGUCAUUGCCAUUGGAUGUAGAUGUGAUUGCUGAGGUUGAUAUAUACAAGUUCAAUCCAUGGGAACUUCCAAAAAUGGCUCUUUAUUGUGAAAAAGAUUGGUACUUCUUCACCCUUAGGAAUGGAAAGCAGCCUAACAUGGUUAGGCCAAACCGUUUAGCCGGAAUAGGUUUUAGGAAGAACCAACUGGUUGAUGCACGAGUACUCCCUUCUCGAUGUAGAUCGUGGUUCUACCGGGUCAAUGAAUGGGUGAUUGUUCGUGUCUACCAAAAAAUGACAAGAAAGUGCCCCCCAUGUUUACGUUUGAAUCCCCCAAUCAUGGAUUGGUGGAUUCCGAAAAAGCCUUUGGUUCUCCUAUCCAACUGA